AUGCCUCCUGCUCUCAGGCCGCGAAACAUCAAGGGUAGGGCCCAAUGCUCUGCGCCAUCAACUAUCGAAACACCAAACCUGAGCGACGUCCCUAAGGAGGAACCCUCGGCUAUCGAUCGAAAGCCUCCCGUCUACACAAUCGACUUGUCACUACCACCAUCGCAGCGUUAUGCACACGUCGCUCACGAUUUCAAGUCUACCGUUGGCGAGCUGGCACAGCUCUUCGAUGAUGUUCUUGACCCUAUCAGACCGUCCAUGGUGCCCCGGUGCUUCUUUCAUUUCCUUGCCUGGGUCUUCUUGCGACGAAUUUUCAGCAAGGAGCAGACCAAGGAGCUCAGGGGCAUGAGCAAAGUUCUUGGCGUACCAAUGUACCUACUUGUCGCCUACAACGUCUUCUUGGACCUUCUCAUGGGCUGUACUAGUGGUGGUGUACUUGUAAAGGACCACGCCUUUUCAAAAUCAAGCAUGAUGCAUUUUCGGACGCUGGACUGGGGCAUGCCUAUAUUGCGGAACGCCAUCGUCCAGUAUGACUUCGUCGAGCAACUAGACGGCAAGGUCAUAGCGACAACUAUUGGCUACGUCGGUUUUGUUGGAGUGCUUACCGGUGUCAAGCGAGAUCUCAGUGUGUCACUAAACUUCAGGCCGUAUCACAAUCACCCUGGGUGGACUAUCGGGAAUUUCCUGUACUACUGGCAUCUUUUGCUAGUACUCUUGGGCUUCAGACCGAGUAUAUCUACCAUACUGAGAGGCUUUCUAAUUCCUGAAACGGUACCCAUCAAGCAAGACGGACCUACCCAUAACGACAGCGCAAUCUCGUUCCAGCUCGCGGCACGGCCACCGUUCUCCUUAUCAGACCCUAAUUCUAACCUGCAAAACAUGCUCACCACAGCUGCAUACCUCAUCUUCUGCACGGGCGAAGAAACCCUCAUCCUCGAGAAAGACCUGCACACUGCGCGGAUCUCGCGAUCUUUCGCAUUCAUCACCGUCACCAACCACGACACGUCUUACGAAGCCAGCUCACACGCACAGUCCCAACACGCAGCCCACACUCAAACCAAACAACCAUUCCUUGGUAUCGGCAUGCAGGAUCUCAUCGACGAAAGUAUCCACAGGAAGGCGUGUUUGGUGCAGAAGUGGGAGGCACAUCAGCAACGACAAAAGCGGAUUUUUGUGCGGGAUGAUGUGCACCCCGAUGCGAGACGGAUGGGUGAGGCCACAGCGGUGGGAAUUCGGGUACAGAAGUUGAAGAAAUGGAUGUUGGAGUAUCCGGUUUCUAAUGAGGAGACGCAUUUUGUGUGCAUCAUGGAUCCGGACGAGGGCGUGGUCAAGUGGGUAAGAUGCUUCGAGGAAGGGGAUAUCGAAGGAGAGAAUGAAAGCGAUCUGUAG